GUACUUUUUAGAUAAAUUGUUACAUAUAGGCUGUUUUAUUUUACAUAUAAUAAUUUAUAAAUGCUUUAUAGAUUUCGGAUGGGUACCAACCAAUACUGAUCACUGCACCAGCUUGAGAAACACAGCCCUAAGGGCAGGACACGAGAACGGAGGCAGCACGUCCCUGUACGUUGGACGCGCAUGCUACGAUGGCAGCCUCCUGCCGGCCAAAGUUAAUUUGGACACACAAAAAGCCUACGUCUGCAAAGAUGGAAUUGAAAUCGAAGUCUCCGAAUUUGAGAUGUACUGUGGUUCUCAAUUGGUGUGGAUGCGUGCUGAAAAUGGAGAUGUUCCACCUGGUGCAGUGUCAGCUGGAACCACAUGUGAUGGCGAGGAGGCCUUUGUGGGUCGCGCUAGGCUAGGACCUUGUGGCGAAGAUAUAAUCAUUGGAAAGGUGUUGCCAAGUCAAGGAGCUUGCUUCGUGCCAUUCAACGGCAAAGAGGAAGCCAAAACCGAUUACGAAGUUUUGGUUCUAGUGCAAUAAAUUAAAUAAUUUUGCCUUUUGAACAAUUUCUACAUGUGGUUUGACAAACGAGCUAAUUACCCGUUAUAGUUGUGUUCAUCACAGAUCUUCAUUAGGGAGAUCUGCCAAAACAAGUGUGUUGCGUGUGGUUCGGUGUUUC